UUGUUUUGGGCAAUAGCGGCUUUGAGCAGCUGAGCACUGCGGCAGCCCGACACCGGACUCCCCGGACCUGUACCGAACACCAGCUGUUUCCUCGACGACCGCGCUCCUUUCCUCGUGUCUGUCUUUCCACAGACAUCUCCAGAGAUUCAACCGGGGAUAUAAUCACUGAAUGCCAGACUGGGUGGACAGCUGGGGUGUCAGGGAUGCGGCGCGGAGCUCACUUCAUCCAUGCCAUCGUCCUGCUGAGAGAAAUGCUGUGCAUCUGCAGGGAGCCCUGGCCCUGGAGCUGGAUCUGUGCGGGUCGAGCUGAGGAGGCCUGAGUGGGUCUCCACGUCAGGAUUAGAUGGUGGCAGAAAGCAGGCAAGUGUGCACAACAAGAUAAACAAACCCGGUGGCUAUCAUCCAGCCGGUGCUGCAGAUAAGCAGAGGCUGUGGGUCUGCUUACCCUCUGGUUAUCAUCUGUGCUUUUUUUGGACCCCUCUGGACACCACAGACUCUAUUUGAGGGAGUAGAUGUUCCUAUUAAUAAUAAAUGUGACGGGCAGCAGCCUCUGAACUGUAAAGUAGGCUUGGCACUGGGUUGGUUUAUUUUUUUUAACCCCUAAAGAAAGCUGUUUGACUGGGGAAAAAAAAUGGCUGACCACGAGGAAGCAGAGUUAUCGGAAUCCCUUCAAAAAGAAGAUGGGUUUUCUAGUGAGCCAGAGGAGCAAGGGACAAACUUUAAAUCGAAAAGUUUACCUAUCUUAAACGAAACAGCGCCUCAAGAGGAGACCUUACUGACUAGCUCAGUCCAGAUGUCCAUAACAGCUGAGGAGAGCGCAGAGUUCAUCCAGCUCCCACCCAAGACCGAGUCCUUUCAGGCCGAGUCCCCGACCCGAACCGGCUACCUGCCAAAGCCGGGGAAGGCGGCGCUGAACCGGCCCAGCUCAUACAUGGAGAACUCUGAGAUCCGUAGGAGUAAAAGCAUGGCCAGAAGGAAGGCACCGGGGUUCUUGGCCUCCAGGCUGGCUCAGAUCCGUCUGCCCAGCAGGAAGCACCUUAGCAUCAUCCUGCAGGACUCUCGCUGUUUCCUGUUCUGCAUGUGCUACCUGACAUUCAUCCAGUCGCUCAUGGUGUCGGGUUAUCUCAGCAGCGUCAUCACCACCAUAGAGAAGCGCUACAGCCUCAGGAGCUCCGAGUCGGGCCUCCUGGUCAGCUGUUUUGACAUCGGGAGCCUCCUAGUGGUCGUCUUCAUCAGCUACUUCGGUGGACGGGGACAGAGGCCUCGCUGGCUGGCGGUAGGCGGGGUUUUCAUCGCUGUGGGUGCUGCCCUCUUCUCCUUACCUCAUUUCAUCUCCCCAGCCUAUCAGAUCCAAGAGGUCAACUCAUCCUCAGCCAACGAGGGCCUGUGUAUGAACAGCAACACCAGCGCCAGGGACCGCGUUGACAUCACUUCCUGUCCCAGAGACCAGGAAGGCAACGAGCACAACCUGUACGUGGCGCUGUUCAUCAUUGCUCAGAUCCUGGUGGGAAUGGGAUCGACGCCCAUCUACACACUCGGACCCACCUACCUGGACGACAAUGUCAAGAAGGAGAACGCCUCACUGUAUCUCGCCAUCAUGUACGUGAUGGGAGCCCUGGGCCCAGCAGCUGGAUACCUGCUGGGGGGGGUCCUCAUCGGCUUCUACGUGGACCCAAAGACGGUGGUCAACAUUGAUCAGAGCGACCCUCGCUUCAUUGGCAACUGGUGGAGUGGGUUCCUGCUCUGUGCUGUGGCCAUGCUCCUGGUCAUCUUCCCCAUGUUCACCUUCCCUAAGAAGCUGCCACCCCGACACAAGAAGAAGAAGAGGAGGAAAAAGCUGAGUCUGGAUGACCUGUCCAGUGAUGACGACGUCCUCAAGGAGAAGAGCAACAACAAGAACCAGACGGUCACCUCGUCCAUGGGCUUUGGCAAGGACAUCAAAGAUCUGCCCAAGGCGGCUGUGAGGAUCCUCAGCAACGUCACCUUUUUGUUUGUCAGUCUGUCCUACACAGCGGAGAGUGCCAUCGUCACCGCCUUCAUCACCUUCAUCCCCAAAUUUAUCGAGUCUCAGUUUGGGAUCCCAGCCUCCAACGCCAGCAUCUACACCGGUGUGAUCAUCGUGCCCAGUGCUGGCGUUGGCAUUGUCCUCGGAGGGUACAUCAUCAAGAAACUGAAGCUGGGAGCUCGCGAGUCAGCCAAGCUGGCCAUGAUCUGCAGCGGCGUGUCCCUGCUCUGCUUCUCCACGCUGUUUAUCGUCGGCUGUGAGAGCAUCAACCUCGGUGGAAUCAACAUCCCCUACACCACUGGACCUACACUCACCAUGACCCAGAGGAACCUGACUGGAGGUUGUAACGUGAACUGUGGAUGUAAAAUCCACGAGUACGCCCCCGUCUGCGGCUCUGACGGCAUCACCUACUUCAACCCCUGCCUCGCCGGCUGCAGCAGCGUCGCCAAUGACAGCAACGGGAUUCGUAACUACUCUGACUGCGCCUGCGUCCAGAGCCGACAGGUCAUCACGCCGUCGUCCAGCGGUCAGGGCAGCAACCAGCUCCAGCUGGUCAUCGUCAAGACCUACCUGAACGAAAACGGCUACGCGGUGUCGGGGAAAUGCGACCGUACCUGCAGCACCCUCAUCCCCUUCCUCAUCUUCCUCUUCAUUGUCACCCUCAUCACUGCCUGCGCUCAGCCCUCCGCCAUCAUCGUCACCCUCAGGUCUGUGGCUGAACAGGAAAGGCCGUUUGCGUUAGGAAUGCAGUUUGUUCUCCUCAGGACUCUCGCCUACAUCCCGACACCCAUUUACUUCGGCGCCGUCAUCGACACCACCUGCAUGUUGUGGCAGCAGGACUGCGGCGUCCACGGCUCGUGUUGGGAGUAUGAUGUCACCUCCCUCCGCUUCGUCUACUUCGGCCUCGCUGCCAGCCUCAAGUUCCUCGGCUUCCUCUUCAUCUUCCUCACCUGGUACUCCAUCAAGUACAAGGAGGAGAGGGUGGAGCGCUGGCUAAAACGCCACCUGUCGCCCGUCGACACCGUGGGCAGCCUCGUGUGCCACCCAGGGGGUCACAAAGGCCACGCCCGCACCCGCUCCUGCCCCGUUAACAUCCCUCGCAGCGACCCCAACGCUCUGCCCGCUAAUGCCCCGCCGCGAGCGGGUGCUCUCAACCGUGGAGUCAGCACCCAAAGUUGCCCUGGCAACGAGCUAAAAGCAAUAACUCCACCCCCUGCCGCCGCCCCACCGUCGCCUGCUCCUGCUCCUGCUCCUGCUCCUGCGCCGGCCCAUUCGCUGGAACACGUCUCAGUCCGAGUCUGAGUUUUUUUAGGAGGCGGGUUCUGAAAUCCAGUCAGCUGUGGGCGUGGCCAUUUCAUGGAGGUCCUGCUCAUCUCUGAUUGGCUGAUGAAGAGGCUUUGAACUUGUGACUGAACCUGGAGCCGCCUGGACUCAGUUUGGGUCAGAGAGACGUUGGAAAACGUUGGAAACAGACAUUUGUUUUUGUGGCUGCCAUGGGCGGACAAAGGCUCGGCUUCCCUGCUUUGGAUGCAGAAGAGUUCAUCGCACAUAAACCCCUCCCCCUCACCUUCACCUUGGCAACAUGUGCCUUCUGUCACGACGACCCUCACAUGUACAAACAAACACAGCGGGACUCACAGCGACAGAAUAAACUCACCUGAACGGAUACCUCAGCUUCCCCAUCACCUCACGUUUCUUUGCUUCUUCAUUUUCAUUCGUUUGUGUUUUUAUUUCUUCACCUGAAUUGGACUGAAUCUGUUUUCCGGAUCCUGCAUCUCUGGUGGAGUAAAAACAUUUGAACAAAACCCUGUGGAAAUGUGACACACUGCGAUUAAGUGUUCAGAACUGGAAACCGAUGGCAUGGUGCUAUGUGAAAAAAAAACAAAACUAUAUAAAGCGUCCAUUUUUUUUGUUCGUUUUUUUUCUUUUAAACACUUGAAAAGAACCCAACUUGACAAUAGGUCACUGGGCUAAGCAGCUUGGCACGCACAGAAUGCAUUCCUGUCCAAUCCAAGGCCUUUUGUUGCUCCCCUGACACAACGACGUGUAGUAUUACCACUGGAAGUCGGACUGUUUGGCUUUUGCCAGCUCCAUACAAUGCAUCCAUACAUCCAGAGCCAUUUUCCCUUCGACUGGCACCCUGAUAAGUGGUUUAACCUGAAAAGAUCAGGACUGGCAUUAUUCUCUUGACCACAUUCCUGGUUGCACGAGUCACCAGGGAUCUUCCACAUGCAAGGAAAACCAGUGUUGGGACUGAACACCAGGCUGAAUGACAGAAACAUCUGAUCCUUUCCCAACAGAAAAACCCACCUACACAUUUGUACCGAACACGUAGGCAGAUAGUCGACCGUCAUUUCAGGGUGUUAGUCUCGUCGCCUGUUCUUCAUCAGCUCAGAAUUGAAAGCCACAGGUGACCUCUGACAUACUGUGUAGGUGUAGGUUCAUUUCCAAGCAGCACUCCCAGUGAUUUAUGGGUAAUGAUGUUCAUUUCUGAAAGUAUAGGAUGUGCAGUUUUCCACUCCGCUUGAGUUUCCGAGUUGUGCAAAAUGUAAAACUUAGUAAAAACUCAGAGAAAUUGUAGAAAAAGACUACUGCUCUUGCUCAGGCUGCACCAUAGAGUUAUUUUCGAUUAUCUGAAUAAUUAUUAGACUAAUCAAUGCAGAAAAAAAUGAAAUGUAUACAACUUUCUGAGCCAAAUGUGAGGUUGUCAGCUCAAGAUUUUGAUUUUACAGAGGUGAACACCAGAAAAAAAAAAAGAUUUAAGAGUCUUGACUGAUCACUUAUCCAGCUCUUUUACUUGAUUAAUUAUCACAGUUGUUUCCACACCGAUGGUUAUUAAUGUUCAGACUUUGGCAAAUCAUCUCAUUCUGCGGUUUUCUCACCAAACCAUGUUUAUCCUUCAAAAAAAAAAAAAAAAAAUCUGGUUCAAUAUGAGGCUUGAAAUUAUAUUACAUCAAAUAUCAGAGAUGAAAUUAAGGUUUAGAAAUAAAGAUUUUAAAUAUUAUAACUUUGUAGCUACACAAAUCAACUUUUUGGUGUCUAUGUUUUAAGAAGAAAAUGUAAAAUGCAGCUUUACAAUCAGGAAAAAAAGUCUGUGUUUUUACAAAUGACUUAAAACAAGCUCAUGUGAAAAAUGAUUCCUUACAAACAAGACAUUUAGGCUUUAGCAACAGAUAAAAAAAGACUAAUCUGACUGUUUUUUGGGUGACGGAAACCUUAAAUUAUAAUUUAAAGAAACACAGAGAUAAUAGUUCAUCAAAAAACAAAAAUAGAGACGAGCAACCACUGUGUUCAGGGUUUAAAAACACAUUAGUCCAACAAAUUUCAGAUGAUAUUAAGCUCUGUAAAAUGGGAAACCUCAUGAGUAGUAUUAAAACAGGACUCUGAUGCUGGGAUUAGAUUGUCACUAGUCUCUUUUUAUUUAUUUUUUUUCUGCCUAAAUGAAACACGGCAACUUUUAUCUGUUCAAUGAUGCUGUCUUCAGUUGUCCUCUGGGGACACCUGGUGGAUAGAGCGAGAAUUGCAGGCAGAUUGUCUUCAAGAAAGCAAUAAUUAAUAAUUUUUAUCAGGAAAAAUGAAGUGUAGUAAUGUGCUUAUAAGCAGAGUACACAGUAGAGAUGGUGUCAAACAGUAUGUGAUCAGUAGUUUUACAUUUGAGACUUUUCUAAUGAAGAUCACUGCAAUUGAGGCUGCGCUGUUGUUUGUUUUACUCUUUUAGUUAGUAAAAAUAAAAGAAGAAGCAAAUUGACAGAUUUGAAAGGCUUGAAUGAUUAACAGUCAGACCUUUUUAACUAAUGUAUUAAUCUUUUAAUUUAUGUCAGCACUAGAUUUCAUUACAAACCAACAAAAUAAGUUAAUGGACAGUUGAAGCUCCGUGUUUUCAUCAUUUUCGCUGAUGUCGUCUCACCAGACCAUGUUCAUCUUAAAGAUCUCUUGUUAUUUAGGCCUGAAAAUAUCUUGUGGAAAAAAAAAAACAA